AGGAAAUCUCGGACUGAAGAGGUUUUGUGUCUGUGCGGUUGUUGGGUCGGUCGGUGUUGAAGCCGCUUCUUGGCUCCGGAGCUCCAACGAGGGAUGAAGAUAAGCGGACGCUGAGAGUGAUGCGCUGAGGUGCCGGCUGGAUGCUGGAUGAUGUGACAGUCAUUUACGUUUCAGAGGCGUGUGCGCGGCACGAAGAGUGUUGUUAAUCACUUCAUCUGCUCACCUCCAGACACUGACGCGAGAGCACACAGGAGGACGUAAAGGAAGAAGUCUGACACUGAUAAAGGAGAGGGGAUAAUUCGACACAAAGGAACACGAGUGAAAGACAGUCUGGUGAUGGCUGAGGCACCUCAGCAGCAGCAGCAGCAGGAGGAGGAGGAAGAGGAGCAACUGACCAGCUCUGUGGAAACCACAGAAGCAGAUGAAGGGUCAGAGGAGCCGAAGGAAGCCGUCAAGACGGCUCGCCCUCUGCUGUCCAUGAGGUCCAUGAGCAGCGUGGACCCAGAUGAUGACACCCCAAACAUGAUGGUCUACAGAAAGAUUGAAGAUAUCGUUGCUCGAAUUCAAGAUGAGACGGAGGGCGUGCCCAUCAGAACUGUCAAAAGUUUCAUGACCAAGAUCCCCAGUGUGGUUACAGGUGCAGAUAUUGUUCAGUGGUUGAUGAAGAGUCUUUGCAUUGACGAUCCAGCUGAGGCCAUGCACAUCGGGAGUCUCAUCGCAGCUCAGGGAUACUUUUUCCCCAUCUCAGAUCAUGUCCUCACCCUCAAAGAUGAUGGCACCUUCUACCGCUUUCAGGCACCAUAUUUCUGGCCCUCCAACUGUUGGGAGCCUGAGAAUACAGACUAUGCCAUCUACCUGUGCAAGCGAACCAUGCAGAAUAAGACGAGGCUGGAGCUGGCAGAUUAUGAGGCGGAGAACUUAGCCAGGCUACAGAGAGCCUUUGCCAGGAAGUGGGAGUUUAUCUACAUGCAGGCUGAGGCCCAGGUCAAGAUCGACCGGAAAAAGGAUAAAACUGAGAGGAAGAUCCUUGACAGCCAGGAGAGAGCCUUCUGGGAUGUCCACAGGCCUGUGCCUGGAUGUGUUAACACCACAGAGAUGGACAUCAGGAAAUGUAGACGCAUGAAGAAUCCCCGUAGAGUUAAGAAGUCAGUGUACGGUUUGGCAGAGGAGGGAACACAGUCACAGAGUCCAAUACACACUCCUUCACACCACUGCAGGAAAGGCACCAAAGAGGAUGUGGAGAAAGAGAUCUUGUUCCUGAACACCCAGCUAGAUCGUCACUGCAUGAAGAUGUCCAAAGUUGCCGACAGCCUGAUUAUCUACACUGAGCAGUACAUGGAGUACGACCCAUUUGUGACCACACCUGAACCAUCCAAUCCCUGGACUAGCGACGACCCCAUCUUCUGGGAUCUGGAGGCCAGCAAGGAGCCGAGUCAGCAGAGGGUGAAGAAGUGGGGUUUCUCGCUGGAGGAGGCCCUGAAGGACCCAGCAGGACAGGAGCUCUUCCUCAAGUUUCUGGAGUCAGAAUUUAGUUCAGAGAACCUGAGAUUUUGGCUGGCAGUUCAGGACCUGAAGAGGAUUCCCCAGCAAGACGUUGCACAGAGGGCACAGGACAUCUGGGCAGAGUUCCUGGCUGAGGGAGCUCCCAGCACCAUCAAUUUGGAUUCUCACAGCUAUGAACGCACCAGCCAAAACCUGAAAGACCCCGGAAGAUACAGCUAUGAAGACGCACAGGAUCACAUUUACAAGCUAAUGAAAAGUGAUAGCUAUUCACGUUUCCUACGCUCUAAUGUGUACCAGGACCUACUGAUGGCAAGGAAGAAGCCUGAAAUGGAGCAGGGGCGACGCACCUCCCUGGAGAAGUUCACUCGCAGUGUGGGCAAGUCACUGACGGGCAAACGACUCACAGGCCUUAUGCAGUCGUCUUGACAAGGUCUGGAUCAAGAGUAGGAAGAUCUAUACCCGGGGGAGAUGCUUACCAAUGGGUUGCAGUUGGAAAAUGACCCUGGGGUGUGUGGUUAUUGGAGGCGGAUGAGGGUGCAAAACAAGCUAAGACUGCUGGACUGGAACACCACCACAUCUGGAUCUCGCCUCAGAUAAGUUGAAAAGGACAGAAGGCAUGCAAUAAGUCACCAGACCUGACACCAGGACAGUGCUGUCGCAGUGUAGAUGAUGGACAUUGCUUCUGUUUUUUGGAGGUUUCUGUUUUAAAGCCUGUACCAAACAAAAGCCAGGCCGUUUUAUGUAUCUAUCUACACGCAUUAAUAUGGUAGCUGAGGAGGCUAUUGCUUUACUUUCAGUGAUAUAAACAUGGAAUGCUUGAAUGCCUUGACUGAUGUCAAAAUGAGACUUAGAGUUAUGCUGUACGUAGCUGUUUUAUCUUGCAUUAUUCACUAGGUUGAAAAAAAGGAAAAGGCGUAUAAGAGUUUUAGUAAACACUUGAGCUGACAGAUGGAGUAGUCACCAAUCUGCUAAAAAAAAUGCUUUUACAUCAACUUACUAUAUGACACAAUGUGACUCUAUAUGUCCAGUACUAUACUUUUUGUUCUGUAGCACAAUUAUUUAAAGAAGUAGCUGGUAGUAGCUGGUACAGUACUGUAGUUGUUACUGUAAAUGUACCAGUAGAGAAAAUAGCGGAGAUGAGUGCAGAAAAGCACAAACUGAAAUAAGUGCUGCUCAAAAUUAAACUCAAGACAUUUUAAUCCAGGUCAACAACACUAGAAAUGGGUUUUUGAAUAAUUAUGUCCACCCUGUGUACCUUCCUUUUAAGUAGAUUUUUGUAACAUAAUGUAUGUUGCAACAUUAAAUGAAUGAACCUGAAGUACAGGAAAAAUAGUGAGUAAAAAAUGAAAUUAUUUCCAAACAACAUCAAGUAAAACAUUACUUUUUUCUUUACCAUCAUAAACAGGAUGACAAUCGUAAUCUUUUUAUAGUUUUAAGAUGGACUGAAAUAACAGAAAAAGCACCAAAAUAUAUUUAAAAACAUAAGCCCAGUGUUUUUGAGAUUUUAAUUACAAAAAAAAAAACUUCUCUCUCCCAAUGAAAUGUUCUCCAUGCUACAAAUGGUGCAUCGACACUACAGACAUUUUUAAAUCUUACUAAAGAUUUUUAGUGUGAUUGUUUGGGCUUUAAAUGGGUCCUGAUUUGUCAAACUAGUAAUCCAAUAGGAGAAUUUCUUUAAAAGUUAUGCUGAUAUUUAGAUUUCAGUUGUUACUGUUGGCUGAUAUUUCUACAUUAUCACAAUUUGAGCAGCAAGGCUUCCCCAUCCAGGAGCCCGUGGCUGCUGAUUUGUUGGGACAAAGUUUAGGCAGUACUUCUAAACUUUUAAAUUUGGAUUGCCCAAUAAGCUUAUUGCCAUCUGAGGGCUUUCUAAGUUAUUGCAUGAUAUAAGAACUCAAAUCUUUGAGGGUGGGCUUUUGUUCC